AUGCUUAAACCCCAAUAUACCCGCAGACCAUUCAAUGUCUUGUUGAUUGGACCUGCUCUCUCUGGCAAACGAACCUUGGCAACACAAUUAUUAAAGAGCACAGAUGUCUUUUACAAAGUUUUUACAGCUGAAUCUAUACCAAAGAAGCCGCUUGCUCGUAUGGAUUAUGUAGUGGUGACAGUAGACAUGACUCAAUCAUACAGUCUGACAUUGCUGGAUCAAUCGCUACACUGCAUGCAGGAUCGCUUUCUUACCAACAAGAUGGCUGUUGUAGUGACAAAAAUGGAUAAACGUGGUAAAUGGCAAUUUGAGGUGGAACGAGUACAGGAAAUGCUGGCAUCCAUAUUCAAUGUGCAUGUGCUUCAUGUCAACUUCUUGAAUGAAGUGGAAAAAAAGCGGAUAACAGAUCAGCUAUCGAGACUGAUCAAGACCAAUACACUGCAAUACAGACAUGUCUGCACGCCGCUGCUCAACACUGUGCAAGGGUACAAUACAGACGACCUAGACGACGCUUAUCACCUACAGGAAGACCCGUUGACGCACAGCGACAGUGGCCAGGAACAGCUAUUGGCCCAAGACGACACUCGUAGCGAACAGGAAGAGCAAGACGCCAUCCAUGUCUGA